AUGGUAACCAUCUAUUCCCCAGUUGCUGAAGAAGAAAAUACUUCCAAUGAUAGUCAUUUGUAUAGUACCGUUGAUUCUAACUAUGGUAUUUCAAGGGUUCUAGGACUUGAAAGUUCCUUACGCAAUUCAGACAGGUUCACUUCCAGAAAUGAGAAGCGAAUUGACAGAAAUUUAAAUACGGAAGAGUUUGGAUUCAAUUAUUUUGAGCAUGCAUUCCGUGAAAAUGUCAAUCAGCCUCAUUUCAGUACAACCCGUGGAAGUGUAUAUCAAGUUUCUCCUGAAUAUGAGAAUAUUCAUAAAGAGCGAGGAGUCCAAGAUGUAAAAGUUUCUUCAAUUCCAAAUUGGUAUGAUUUCGAUCUUGCAGAGAAUGGUAACGCAUUCGAGCAUUCCAAUUACUCCACAUCUGACCGUAAUUCUUUUUUCAUAAAUGAGAAAGGAGGUCGAAAGAAACAUGCCAGGUCAGUGGACGGGUUUGAGCGUGACAAUGCUAUUGUUUCUCACGUUUUUGAAUCCCGGGCAUCGAUGCCUCAAGUAAUAACCCCCAUUACUCCAAACCAUCCAAAGAGUUUUAAAGAAUAUCAGUCACUUAUGGCUAUGAACAUGCAUAUGAAUAAUGGUAUGAAUCAUUUCAUAAGUGAAAAUAUGAACUUCAAUAAUAGCAGCAUGGAACACUUAGAAAUACAGCAGCCAAGAGUUAAAAGUUAUCGCUCAUAUCAAAACACUGCAAAUUUGGCAUAUGCAAAUGCUCGAUCCAAAUUUAAUAGCGUUCCCAAUUUAAGCUUAUCGUCUUUCGAACAAACACCAGCUUCUUUGCAUCAGGAACAUCAUUAUGUACUUCAAAAUCAUCAGCAUCACAACAAUUUCAUUCCUGAUUUUGAAGUAGAUCAUUUCCAUGAUCAUAAACAUGAGGAGGUGCAUGAAUCUGCGCAUGACCAUAUGCACAAGGUUGAACAUUUCCGAAGCUGUUCGAAUGACCAUGAACCCUCGAGUAGUGACUUAGAUAGUACAUCACUGUCCUAUGAGGAGCUUCGGAACUCUAUCAUAGAAAAAUUCACAUUUAAUACUGCUGAGGAACACACUAAUAAUGAUGUAAUCUUGAACGUCCACGGUUGUGGGUCUCACUAUGCUGAAGCCAGUACUAUGAACCCGGAUGGGACCAAAAAGUCAGUGUUGCAACAAAUUUUGGACGAUAAGCCUUUGAUGGAAGCCAUUAGCAAAAAACAAAAAAGAGGUGCUUACAAGUGUGCACAUUGUCCGGAAAUGUUCAACACAAUCUUUGAGUUUGCUAAGCAUAUUGAUGAGUACCAAGUAGAGCGGAAAUAUAAAUGUCCCUUCCCAUUGUGUCCAUGGAAAAUCCUUGGACUACCUAAACUCCAAGAAUUGAAAAGACAUUGUUUGAACCAGCACAUCGAUGAGCUCACUCCAGAACAGCAAUAUUUAAUUCACGGAAAAAGUGGCGCCGUUUCUGAGGUAUACCACUGUGAAUCCCCUUACUGUGAUAAAGCUUUCCAUAGGAAAGAUUCAUACAGAAGACAUGUUAAGAUGGUCCACAAAAACCCAAAAAGCAGAUUUAACAUUCGUUUGGUUAAAGCCAUGAAAUCUUGUCCCGAGUAUUUGAAUAAAGACCUCGUUGCCAAAGAACGUUUCCUAGUUGAGAAGAUGAAUAGUCGUCGUAGGUGA